UUACGUCAGCGUCGUGUUUAUAUGACGUCGCGCUGCGAAACAUGUGCACCAAAACAGAAGCGUUUAUCCUCUUAGUUUGAGGUUUGGUGUAUUUUCUUCCCAGUGUUGCUUUGGUAAUAAUUAAAAUAGCAGGUUUUCCCUUAUAUAGGCUUAGUUCGUUAGUUUUUUAUUUCUGCUGUUAUGGAGGAUUUACCGGAAGAUUUGAGAUCGUUUCUACAGAAGUAUCCUUGCUUUCAGCUCACAGACUCGAAGAAGAUCCGCUGCUCUCUGAACGCGCACGAGUUUCCCUGCAGCCUCGCCGAGCUGCAACGCUUCACCGCGGGGAACAAGUACAAGAAACUGUGCGCUCAGGCCGAGUUCGACUACAGCCAGUACGAGCCGCACAUAGUCAGCAGCACUAAACAGCCAGAUCAUCUCUUCUGCAAGCUCACGUUACGUCACAUCAACCGUGUGCCACAGCAUGUUGUGCGUCACGUCAGCGGCAGGCGCUACAGGAGAGCUCUGGAGAAGUAUGAGGAGUGUGUCCGGCAGGGAGUGGAGUUCGUUCCUGUACAGCUUAAACAGAAGAAGAGACCCAAAGAGGCCGCAGGAAGUGAGGGUCGGGCCACAGGAAGUGAGCGACGAGCCAGCAGGAAACAGGACAGUGGCGUCUGGACCCCGAGCUCCAGCGGCGGCGAGGACAGUGACUCCUCAGACAGCAUGUCCGAUCUUUACCCACCGUCUGUGUUCACUGUGAAGAAGCCGGAUGAUGAGCAGAACGUCAGUGAUGCUGAGGAAGAUGAUUUUCAGACCGAUGAUGAUGAUGAUGAUGAAGAUGUGUCUGAAAUGGAAGUAGAGAACCAGAUGCAGAAACGCAAAAAGGUUCAGUCUGCUGGCUUUACUAAGAAGUUUAAGAAGAACAAGAAGAAGAAGGGUUUUAAACAUGUCGCCAAAGCCAAUGGAAAAUAAUAAAGUUAUAAUAAACUCACUGAAACCGUU